AUGUUCGGAUUCGGAGAGCCCGUCCACCACGCAUUCGCCAAGGAGCUGCUCGCGGGCUUCGCUGGUGCCGAGGUUGACAAGCUUGUCGAGACCAAGGGGUUGGACUACAUUGAUAGGGAAAAAGCCAAGAGGCAUGCAGAGAAGCAGGCUGAGAGCCUGUAUGAGAACCAGUACGGUGACUUGGAGCAGUACGACCCGCGUGAACGCGAACCGCAUCGUCAUAUUCGGGAGGAUAGGGGGUACAGCGGCUACGGCCAAGACCAGGAUCAGGGUUUUGGUCAGAACCAGAGCCGUGGGUACGACGAAAACCAAGGUUACGGCCACAAUCAAGGGUACGAGGAUAGACGGUACGAGGCAAACAGGGGUUAUGAGGAGAACCGCAGGUGGUAGAAGUCUUUCCACAAGACUUGGCACAUGCACAGAAAGUGGUGAGAGGAACACCUGAGAAUGUCAUUGCGCGUGGUAUCAACUAUGUUACAAAAAUCAUGAAGCCUUCUUAAACC